AUGGAAAAGCAGCCUCCCUUCGGAGCUAAACGAAAGGUUUUCAAUGCAUUCUCACCUCUUCCAGCUGUUUCAAAACGUCGCAUAACUUCAACAUCAUUACAAGAUUCAUCGGCAACUUUAACAAGCGAUGAUUCUAUUCCUCCAAAGGAUGAUGGAGGCAAAAGCUUUAGACUAGAUGAUGAAAUGAAACAUCCCAGAAAGGUACCCACGACACCAGUUUGCCCGGGCGACUCAAGAACUUUAUUCACUUCCAAAACGUUCACCCUCGGGGUAGCUUCAGAUGAUUAUGGGGCCGAGGGUGAAGCAAAUUUACCAGAGGACUCGACAGAUGAUUUUGAGGUCCUUGUGGAGUAUAUACUUCGUCACGAAAUCAGUUAUACCCUAUCUAUCUCCAACUGCGGAACGAAUACGGCUCAGCGUUGUAUAUCUUUCUUGAGAUUUGCAGACAAAUACGAUCUGGGAAAUAUCAGCAAUGCUGUGUAUAAUGUACUCCGACCAGCGUUGGUAAAGUAUGGAAAGAACUAUUUCAAGGCGAGCUACAUCGAAGACAUGUUUGCUUUGACGAGGACUGGUGAUCGUUUGCGGGAAUUGAUGGCAGAUGCUGCUAUUUCAUUUGGUGGUAUCGAGCUUUUACGAGCUUUCGGAUGGCCUGGCCUUUUCCAUGAGCAAGAAAGUGAGGUAAAGGGAUUCUCACCCGUCUUGUUCCAACAACUUAUGAAGGCAACAUUAACGAUAAAAAUUAUGGAUCCUUUCUCAAAUGAAUCAAAGGACUUGUGA